AUGGCUACCUUCAAAUCUCAAGUGAAGUUGCAGAGCUUCUUCCUACCCUCCAAGUGGUUAUACAAAUGCCCAAUCACACCUCGAGUGGCACUGUACCGCAACACGCUGAAAAAUGUUGCGAACAGCUCAUCCAAGAAAUAUCCGCUGUCCAACGAGUCAAUACUGAAGGGCAUCCCGAAGGAGAAGAAGGCCUGUCGGCCCAUUUCACCUGUAGUGGACUUCUACAAUAUUAUCAGCAUUGAGCAUGCUGUGCCAGCCGGCGCAUUUGAUCUCCCGGAGCUCCACGCUGCCAACGCACCACUAGAGUUCCGUCUCGCUCGCCCCGAGGAUAUCUUCGUUCCUCUGGAUGCUGCUGCUGAUGAGCAGCCAGGAAUUUUGGGCAACGGGGAGAUCUUGUAUGCUCAAGGGAACAUUGUCUUGACCAGGCACAUGGCGUGGCUGCAGAGCAAGCAGGCUCUUGCGACAGACGACAGUACUGAAGUCAUGUUCAUGAGUGAAGUGCUCAAUGAAGGAGAGGUCGGAGCUGAGCCGACGGAGUUGUCCCGUGCUAUUGUGAAGUCAUUGCAAGAUGGCCUUCGGCAUUUCUUCGGCAUUGAAAGCAGGGUUAAAUAUUUGGGUAAGAGCCUGGGACAGUUUGAGACUGGGCUGUAG